AUGACGGCCACCAGCUUGGUGAUGCAAAACCGCCGGGGCCAUGCCUCCGCCAAGCGCACGCUCCGCCUCCCGAUCAUCGCCCCGAAAGAAGAAGUUCUUGAGGGUAAACUAGACAAGAGUAUGAUCGCGCCGCCGCGCAUCCGUCUCCCGCCGCGAUCUCGGACCGGCUGCUGGACAUGUCGGCAAUGUACGCGACUCGGCCAUAUUUGCGAUUACCGGCCGCGCCUGGCUUUUCGUGAUGACACCCCACGCAUUAUGGGCCGGAUGGCCGAUGUGAAGACGGAGGGCAAUGUGGUUUGGGAUCUUUCGUCACCGGGAUCGAGCGAGGACCGAUCUGGAAAUGACUACUUCUCUCUUGGGGAUGCUCUUCCGGCCUUUUCGCUAUUGACCUCGGAUGAGGAGCGCGAGAGAAAGGCCGAGACUACAACACCGGGCACCUACCACGUUAUUAUGGUCCCGGACAGCUUCAGCUCGCUUCCCGAAUACGUCGACGAUGCGGAUAAGUCCAAGUCCACUGUCACCGAGUCCGUAUACUCGGUAACGAGUAGCCCCGUGAGCGUCAUUAAACCCGAAACCGACGCCACCGACGAUCCCAAUGUAGUCAUCUUGAAGACCUUUGAGGAUGUUACUCGACGCUCGUCCUCGACGGGCAGAACCUCCCGGGUGUCGCCCACAUCCGAGAUUUCAGAUCCCUUCUGCUCCCUCUCUCUAUCUCCCAUUAUGGAUUCUUUCCCAUCACCCGUUCUCGACGAAGAGCAUGGCUCAUCGUCCUUCCUGCUUGAUUCGUGCAUGGAUCACCAAGCUCGGCAGAGGCAACAGGAUUCGACGCUUUUUGCCCAUUUCCGACAUGUUGUCUGGAAGCAACUGUUCCCUCAUGACCGUGAGUUGGAUGAUACGUACGGAUUUGACCGCAAUGGCAUGACACUGAGUGUCGACUUUCUCGAGCGGGAAGCGGCUCAUUUCCCUCCACUCUCCCAUGCCAUUAUGACCGUCUCGGCUCUCAGUCUGUCUCAUAGCGGGACUGGACAAAAUGUCGAUGCGCUGCAAUAUUACCAGCAGGCUUUCCCUUCUCUUCAGAUCAGCCUCCGCAACAACGAUGAUCUUGUCUCGGAUGGCCUUUUCCUAACCCACUUCCUCCUACUGAUCUACGAGGUCGCAGCAGCUGAACCCCACGGCUCCAAUCUCUGGUCUCACCACAUCUCUCGCCUCCUUCACAUCGCCCUGCUCCGCCGAUCCAAAUUCGGCCGCGAACCACACCCCUUCAUCCUCUGGUGGAUCUGCCACAUCGACCUAUACGCUUUGCUCAGCGGCGCGGGUAACGGCGAGUUCGUGCGCACUAUCAUGGACCACCAGCUGCUCCCAGGAUCGGAUAGCCUCCUGUAUCCAUCUGCCACCGAUGGAUACAGCGUGAUCUAUCCCGAUGAGCAUGAUAGCUUGCCUACCCUGAUGCGCCUCUAUGCCGACACCUUUUCACUGGCGACCCGGAUUGGAUUCCUGGGCUCGCAACUUCGUCGGGAAAAGCUGACUGUUCCCUUCUCGGACUUUAACCAGCGAUCCAAAGAGAUCAGUGAUCUGCGGCAGGCUCUGAGUCGGCUGUGGGAGGCCUCUGAUGUGGCCUUUUGGUAUCAGCGACAGGAGAGCCUGCCCCGGCGAUCGCAGGAGAUGUUACAGCAGUCGGCCACUUUGUUCCACGUUAGCCAACUGUUCACGUACAGCAGCAUGUGGCCUCGGCAACGGCUGGAGUCGGAGUUCACCCCCGACGGUGAGAUUGACCACCACGCCGCCGAGAUCCUGCGUAUCGCCGAGCAGACGACACACACGCGGCGUGCCGAUCGGCACUUUUUGGUUUUCCCGCUCUUCCUCGCUGGUGCGACGGCAUCGGCUAGUGGUCUGAAGAUGAUGGCUAUGGAGUUGAUGACCAGCAUGGAAGAUGAGGAAGACGGGAUGGGUCGCAAUGCGGCGACGACCCGGGCUAUUUUGCAGACUGUCUAUGAGCGACAGAUGGAUUGUCUGAUGCGGGUGGGCCACACGCUUGAUGUGGACUGGGCUGACUUGAUGGCUCAAGAGGGUCUGCAGAUGGUUAAUUUCGGGUUUUAG